AUGCCCGACGCGCGGCCAGCUUCCGACGUCAGGCGGCGCCGGUCAGCGCAUCGCGGAAGGAAUUGGCCGAGUGUCUUGCUCGGGAUGGAUUUGCAUCAGUGGCAGACGCCACCCCAUUCCGUCUCCACCCAGUCCUCUCUGGCACCACUGCCACCUGCAGCUUCUGCUGCUACUGCUGCUGGCAGCAGUGCUGGCAGCAGCAUCAGUGGAGGGGCUGCAACAGUAAGGGGUGGAGCUAUAGGUGUUGGGGCAGGGGGGGUUGGCACAGCGGCAGUAGGAAGCGAGUCUCAGCAGGCCCAUCAAUCCCACCAAGCACAGCAGCGAGGAGGUGCAGAGAAUGCGGGCGGCAAAGCGGGCGGCGGUGCAGAGAGCCAGGCAGAUGGGCGCCACAGGCCACUUCAAGCCCUGCGACUCCAUGUUCGGGAACUCCCUCGUUCCUGUUGUUCCGUUCCAGCAACCUUAGCAGCCUUCCUAGCCUGUGCAGCAACAUGUGCCCUACCACUAGCACAAUCAAGAGCACGGUAUUGCACAUGGCAAUGCAAUGCCGUCCUCGUCCGCAGUGCUCUCACUGCCCCUCCUUUCAUUGCCGUACCCGCCAUUCGUCCUCCUUUCCUGUUUCUAACUUUCCUUCCGGGAUCACAUGUUUUCUCUUCCCCGCAGCUGCGCAUUCUCGCCGCGUGCGCGCUCGGAUCGGGUGCCGCCGCGGGCAUUGCGGUAUCCAUCAUGGAUCCCAAGACCUUCAGCUCGCUCUCCUUCGCGGCCAUGCCCCUUCCCCCCAUGCCCCUUCCCCCAUGCCCCUUCCCCCAUGCCCCUUCCCCCAUGCCCCUUCCCCCCAUGCCCCUUCCCCCAUGCCCCUUCCCCCAUGCCCCUUCCCCCAUGCCCCUUCCCCCCAUGCCCCUUCCCCCCAUGCCCCUUCCCCCAUGCCCCUUCCCCCCAUGCCCCUUCCCCCAUGCCCCUUUCCCCCAUGCCCCUCCCCCACAUGCCCCUUCCCCCCAUGCCCCUUCCCCCCAUGCCCCUUCCCCCAUGCCCCUUCCCCCCAUGCCCCUUCCCCCCAUGCCCCUUCCCCCAUGCCCCUUCCCCCCAUGCCCCUUCCCCCCAUGCCCCUUCCCCCCAUGCCCCUUCCCCCCAUGCCCCUUCCCCCAUACCCACCCCAGCUCGCUCUCCUUCGCGGCCACGGACUACAUGACGCCAUUCAUCCGCCAUUCUCCAUCUCCCCCCGCGCUCUCCUUCGCGGCCACGGACUACAUGACGCCCUUCAUCCGUCUGCUCGACCCCGAGACGUCCCACCAGCUGGCCGUGCUGUCGGGCGAGUGGGGCCUCACUCCGCGCGACUACCGCCCCGACCCGCCCUCCCUCGCCACCACGGUGUGGGGGCGGCGCUUCAGCAACCCCGUGGGCAUGGCGGCGGGGUUUGACAAGGAUGCGCACUGUGUGGACUCCAUGUUCGCCCUGGGGCUCGGGUUCACGGAGAUUGGCAGCGUCACGCCCCUUCCUCAACCGGGCAACCCUAAGCCCAGAUGCUUUCGGCUGACAGAGCAGAAGGCUGUAAUCAACCGCUACGGCUUCAACAGCGCGGGCAUUGCUGACGUGGCGGAGAGGCUCGGCGCGUGGCAGGCUCGGCGGCAGCAGCGGGCAGCGGGCGGGCAGGCGGCAAAAAAAGAGAACGUGGUGGAGGAGAGAGUGCGGGAGGGAGUACUAGCGGUGAAUCUGGGGAAGAACAAGACGAGUGAGGAUGCAGCGGGGGACUAUGUGAAGGGCGUGCAUGCUCUGGGGCAGUUUGCAGACGUGCUGGUGGUCAAUGUGUCUUCCCCCAACACGCCCGGGCUGAGGAAGCUGCAGGGCCGGUCGCAGCUGCAGGAACUGCUGCAGCGGGUGAGUGGGUUGGGAAGGCGAAAGGCAAGGGGGGAGUGGGCGGGGUGGGUGGGAGUGGGGCGGGAGAGAGUGGGGGUGCAAGCAGCACGGAACGAGAUGGAGUGGGGCAAGGAGGGCCCACCCCCUCUGCUGCUCAAGAUAGCCCCUGACCUCACCACCGAAGACAUGUCGGAUAUUGCUGCUGUCGCUCUCUCCCUCAAGAUUGACGGACUGGCCGUGCAGGAGGCCUCCCUGUUCCUUUCGCCACCCUCCCCGUUCCCCCCACCAACACCCAUCCUCCUGCCCUUACCAUGUGAGGAGCAGGUAAGGGCAGGAGGAUCGUGGGCCCACCAACACCCUCCAACACCCACCAACACCCACCAACACCCUCCAACACCCUCCAACACCCAUCAACACCCUCCAACGCCCACCAACACCUUCCAACACCCACCGACACCCUCCACCAUUUCACGCCCUGGCAGCAUCGUGGGCCUUGUGGUGAGCAACACCACCAUCUCCCGCCCUGACAGCAUCCUGGGCCUGGUGGUGAGCAACACCACCAUUUCCCGUCCCGACAGCAUCCUGGGUCUGGUGAACGCGGACGAGGUGGGGGGGCUCAGCGGCAAGCCCCUCUUUGAGCUCUCCACUGCUGUGCUGCGCCAGAUGUACUCGCUUACCAAGGGUCAGAUCCCCAUCAUUGGCUGUGGUGGCAUCUACAGACCCCAUUCCGUCUCCACCCAGUCCUCUCUGGCACCACUGCCACCUGCAGCUUCUGCUGCUACUGCUGCUGGCAGCAGUGCUGGCAGCAGCAUCAGUGGAGGGGCUGCAACAGUAAGGGGUGGAGCUAUAGGUGUUGGGGCAGGGGGGGUUGGCACAGCGGCAGUAGGAAGCGAGUCUCAGCAGGCCCAUCAAUCCCACCAAGCACAGCAGCGAGGAGGUGCAGAGAAUGCGGGCGGCAAAGCGGGCGGCGGUGCAGAGAGCCAGGCAGAUGGGCGCCACAGGCCACUUCAAGCCCUGCGACUCCAUGUUCGGGAACUCCCUCGUUCCUGUUGUUCCGUUCCAGCAACCUUAGCAGCCUUCCUAGCCUGUGCAGCAACAUGUGCCCUACCACUAGCACAAUCAAGAGCACGGUAUUGCACAUGGCAAUGCAAUGCCGUCCUCGUCCGCAGUGCUCUCACUGCCCCUCCUUUCAUUGCCGUACCCGCCAUUCGUCCUCCUUUCCUGUUUCUAACUUUCCUUCCGGGAUCACAUGUUUUCUCUUCCCCGCAGCUGCGCAUUCUCGCCGCGUGCGCGCUCGGAUCGGGUGCCGCCGCGGGCAUUGCGGUAUCCAUCAUGGAUCCCAAGACCUUCAGCGCGCUCUCCUUCGCGGCCACGGACUACAUGACGCCCUUCAUCCGUCUGCUCGACCCCGAGACGUCCCACCAGCUGGCCGUGCUGUCGGGCGAGUGGGGCCUCACUCCGCGCGACUACCGCCCCGACCCGCCCUCCCUCGCCACCACGGUGUGGGGGCGGCGCUUCAGCAACCCCGUGGGCAUGGCGGCGGGGUUUGACAAGGAUGCGCACUGUGUGGACUCCAUGUUCGCCCUGGGGCUCGGGUUCACGGAGAUUGGCAGCGUCACGCCCCUUCCUCAACCGGGCAACCCUAAGCCCAGAUGCUUUCGGCUGACAGAGCAGAAGGCUGUAAUCAACCGCUACGGCUUCAACAGCGCGGGCAUUGCUGACGUGGCGGAGAGGCUCGGCGCGUGGCAGGCUCGGCGGCAGCAGCGGGCAGCGGGCGGGCAGGCGGCAAAAAAAGAGAACGUGGUGGAGGAGAGAGUGCGGGAGGGAGUACUAGCGGUGAAUCUGGGGAAGAACAAGACGAGUGAGGAUGCAGCGGGGGACUAUGUGAAGGGCGUGCAUGCUCUGGGGCAGUUUGCAGACGUGCUGGUGGUCAAUGUGUCUUCCCCCAACACGCCCGGGCUGAGGAAGCUGCAGGGCCGGUCGCAGCUGCAGGAACUGCUGCAGCGGGUGCAAGCAGCACGGAACGAGAUGGAGUGGGGCAAGGAGGGCCCACCCCCUCUGCUGCUCAAGAUAGCCCCUGACCUCACCACCGAAGACAUGUCGGAUAUUGCUGCUGUCGCUCUCUCCCUCAAGAUUGACGGACUGGUGGUGAGCAACACCACCAUUUCCCGUCCCGACAGCAUCCUGGGUCUGGUGAACGCGGACGAGGUGGGGGGGCUCAGCGGCAAGCCCCUCUUUGAGCUCUCCACUGCUGUGCUGCGCCAGAUGUACUCGCUUACCAAGGGUCAGAUCCCCAUCAUUGGCUGUGGUGGCAUCUACAGGUACUCGCUCCCUUCUUCCUUGUCCUAG